GCCCAGGGCCGGUGAGAGCCGCAUCUCUGUGGUCGCCCGCAACUGGAGCGGCUCCCCAGGACGCCUCUGGUGACCGCCGCCGGCCCAGACGCCUCCAGGAAUCAGCGCGAGGAGGCCGCUCUAUCUCCUCGCCGCCCGUGUUUUGGAAUUCUGGAUCCCAGCUCUGAGCUUUACGGGAGGUCACUGCUGUCAAGUCACCGACCGGCGUGCGAAGCGCUGGGCUGUGUCGGUGGAGGAGUGUCGCUGGAGAGGUUUUGACAGCACCUCAGGGCCUGUAAGCAUCUGUGUUUUCAAGAUGCCAUUUACAGACUUUGUUCUGGCCUUGAAGGACAAUCCCUACUUUGGGGCUGGAUUUGGACUGGUGGGUGUGGGCACAGCUCUGGCCCUGGCCAGGAAGGGAGCCCAACUGGGCCUAGUGGCAUUCCGGCGCCAUUACAUGAUCACACUGGAAGUCCCUGCUCGGGAUAGGAGCUAUGCCUGGUUGCUUAGCUGGCUCACCCGCCAUAGUACCCAUACUCAGCACCUCAGUGUUGAGACCUCAUACCUUCAGCACGAGAGUGGCCGCAUCUCCACCAAGUUUGAAUUUAUCCCCAGCCCCGGAAACCACUUUAUCUGGUAUCAGGGGAAAUGGAUCCGGGUUGAACGAAGUCGAGACAUGCAGAUGAUAGAUUUGCAGACAGGGACUCCUUGGGAAUCUGUCACCUUCACGGCCCUGGGCACUGACCGCAAGGUUUUCUUCAACAUCCUUAAUGAAGCUAGAGCCCUAGCCCUGCAGCAGGAGGAAGGGAAGACAGUGAUGUACACAGCUGUAGGUUCUGAAUGGCGUACCUUUGGCUAUCCACGACGACGGCGGCCUCUGGGUUCUGUAAUCCUACAGCAGGGUCUGGCUGACAGAAUUGUCAAAGACAUCCGGGAAUUCAUUGAUAAUCCCAAGUGGUACAUUGACAGAGGCAUUCCCUACAGACGUGGCUACCUUCUUUAUGGGCCCCCUGGUUGUGGAAAGAGCAGUUUUAUCACAGCUCUGGCGGGGGAACUGGAGCACAGCAUCUGUCUGCUGAGUCUCACAGACUCCAGCCUCUCAGAUGAUCGGCUCAACCAUCUGCUGAGUGUAGCCCCGCAGCAGAGCCUAGUGCUCCUGGAGGACGUGGAUGCUGCUUUUCUCAGUCGAGACUUGGCCAUGGAGAACCCUGUAAAGUACCAAGGUUUAGGGCGUCUCACCUUCAGCGGAUUACUCAAUGCCUUGGAUGGUGUGGCCUCCACUGAGGCACGCAUUGUGUUCAUGACCACCAACCACAUUGACAGGCUGGAUCCUGCCCUGAUACGUCCUGGGCGAGUAGAUCUGAAGGAGUAUGUAGGCUACUGUUCACACUGGCAGCUGACCCAGAUGUUCCAGAAAUUCUAUCCAGGACAAGCACCUUCCUUAGCUGAGUCCUUUGCAGAACAUGUCCUUCAAACGACAUCCCAGAUCAGUCCUGCCCAGGUGCAGGGCUACUUUAUGCUGUAUAAAAAUGACCCUGUAGGGGCCUUUCAUAAUGUUGAAUCUCUGAGGUGAUCCACCAGGUCACACUCUACUCUCAAGAAAUCCAUAAACACCUGCCCACUA